UCAGCAGUCAAACACUCUCUGACGUUUUUUCUAACUGGAUCCAGUGGAGUCCCAAACUUAUCAGAGUUUGUAGGAUCUCUAGAGGUUGACGGAAGUCUGGUCGGUUACUGCGACAGCAAUAAGAAGAUAUUAGAACCAAAACAGGACUGGAUGAAAAAAAUAAUUGAAGAUGAUCCUCAGCACUUUGAGUGGUACACUCAGCAGUGUUUUCAGAGAGUGCCACACUUCUUUAAAGUGGGGAUUCAGGAUUUAAAGCAGCACCUCAAUGAAAGUGGAGGUGUCCACAUUUUACAGGAGAUGUUAGGAUGUGAGUGGGAUGAUGAGACUGGAGAGGUUAAUGGUUUUAUGCAGUUUGGUUAUAAUGGAGAAGACUUCAUAUCUCUUGACCUGAAGACAUCGACAUGGAUCGCUCUGGAACCUCAGGCUGUCACCACCAAACUGAUGUGGGAUGCUAAGAAAGUUAGAAUAGAACACAGUGAGAUUUUCAUCACUAAGUUUUCUGCUGAGUUCCUGAAGAAGUAUGUGGACUAUGGCAACAGCUUUCUGCAGAGAAAAGAGCUUCCCUCAGUGUCUCUCCUCCAGAAGACUCCCUUCUCUCCAGUCAGCUGCCAUGCUACAGGUUUCUACCCUGACAGAGCCUUAAUGUUCUGGAGGAAAGAUGGAGAGGAGAUUCAUGAGGACGUGGACCACGGAGAGAUCCUCCCCAACCACGAUGGAUCCUUCCAGAUGAGUGUUGACCUGAACCUUCAUUCAUCAGUCCCACCUGAAGACUGGAGGAGGUACGACUGUGUGUUUCAGCUCUCUGGUGUGAAGAACAACAUCGUCAUCAAACUGGACAAAGCAGUGAUCAGGACCAACUGGGCAUCCUCUUAUGGUGGUGGCAUUGGAGGUGUUGCUGCAGCGGUUUUCGUAGUUGUGGCUUUCAUCAUUAUCUGGCGAAAGAAAUGUCAUGCUGGACAGACCCCCAAUGCUCAAAUACAAACUUGUUGUGUUGGAUUGUGGACAUGCAAACAUGGAGAAGAGAUGGUGGAGUCAACCACAGAACCGGCUAACUCUGCAGAAUCACUGGAAACACCAGGAUGUGCAGACACAGAAAAUAUGAAUUCAAAGGACAUAAAAACAACUGAAAUUUAAUAAAAAACUUGUUUAAAACAUUA